CCCCCUUGAAGUUUUGCUCCUCUCGGACGCAAAGCGACGGCUCCCAUCGCUGGCCCUCCCAACAGAAACUUUCGGGUUUUCUUCUGCGGUUAUUUGAUUGAAUUGGAACGAGAGUGGGCCGAAUCGAAUCGGAUUGAGAUGGAGAUGGGCAUCCCCUCGAACUACCGGUACAUGGGGCGGAGCUACAGCGACGGCGGCGACUCCUCCGGCGCUUUCAGCGACUGCAACAGCGAUCGUUCCGGCGAGUUCCCCUCCUACGGAUCUCCCACAUCUUCCUCCUCGUCCUCCUCUGGCGGAGGCGGCCUGCAGCGGCUCCUUGUUGCCUGCGCCGCUGAUUACUCGGACGAGGUGGUGCGCGGGCUCAUCUCCGACCUUGAGUCCCCGGCCGCCACCGUCGAGUCCCAGCGACGCGCCGCCAUGGAGCUCCGCCUCCUCGCGAAGCACAACCCCGAGAACCGGCUGCGCAUCGUCGCCGCCGGCGCGGUCGGCCCCCUUGUCGCGCUGCUCUCCCACCCUGACCCCCUGCUGCAGGAGCACGGCGUAACCGCCAUUCUGAACCUCUCCCUUUGCGAGGAGAACAAGACCCUGAUCGCCGCCGCCGGCGCCAUCCGACCCCUCGUUCGCGCACUCCGCACCGGCACCCCCGCCGCCCGCGAGAACGCCGCCUGCGCCCUCGUCCGCCUCGCCCAGCUCGACGACCUCCGCGCCGCCAUCGGCCGCUACGGUGCUAUCCCGCCCCUCGUGGCCCUCCUCGAGUCCAGCACUCCCCGCGGGAAGAAGGACGCCGCCACCGCCCUCUUCACACUGCUUGCUUCCCGCGAGAACAAAAUCCGGGCCGUCGAGGCUGGGAUUGUCCGGCCGCUGCUGGACCUGAUGGCCGACCCGGAAUCCGGGAUGGUCGAUAAAGCGGCGUACGUGCUGCACGCGGUGGUGGAGGUGGCGGAGGGCCGAGCGGCGGCGGUGGAGGAGUACGGUGUUCCCGUGCUGGUGGAGAUGGUAGAGACGGGCACGCCACGGCAGAAGGAGAUCGCCGUCCGCUCCCUCUUCGAGAUCUGCCGGGAGAGCGCCAUCUACCGCAAGAUGGUCGCCCACGAGGGCGCCAUCCCUCCUCUCGUCGCCCUCUCCCAGUCCGGCACCAAGAAAGCCAAGGAGAAGGCGGAGGCGUUGAUUGAGCUACUGCGGCAACCGAGGACGGCCGACGUGUCACACUAUUAACGGACACGUGGCGGGAUUCCAAGGCCUGCGAUGGACCCAAUGUAAAUAUGUGGCUGUGAGUGAGUGUACAUUUCCAAAAGCGACGAAGAGAGAAAGAUCCUUUUACGUCUCUUUUUGGGUGUGUUUUGGAGCAGAAAGAAGAGCAAAUGCAAUAUAAGAAUUGGGGAGGCGGGGAGGGAAAUGGCUUGUUGUGGCGCGUAGAGACGUAGCGUUUAUGCAAAAGCAGCCAGAAAAGAUGAUUGUAGGAUGGUUGCAGAGUGGAGAAGCAUGUGGGCAUGUGAUAUGGUGGUGUGGGUUUGCUUUCCAAGUGCUACCAUGGAGAUCGUGACCAAACCAUCCAUGUGUAUGUGUAGGACUGUCAUUCUGGCAAAUAUAUCGAAAAUGUUUGUAAAUGAAGGUGAGAACGUGUGUGAGGCUCGUUGUGGUUUUUAAUGGCCAGAUGUUAUUGUUUCA